AUGGCAGGGCAGGCAUUUAGAAAGUUUCUUUACUUCUUUGACCAAAUUUUAGUUCAAAGGAGUGUGUAUGAAACUGUAACCAAAAGAGGCAUUAUGCUUCCAGAAAAAUCUCAAGGAAAAAAUAUUGCAAGCAACAGCAGAAGCCGUUGAAUGGGGCUCUAAACAAAGUGUGGAGAGAUGCACCCAGUUAGUGUGGAAGUUGGACAUCAAGGUCUCGUCCCAGAAUAUGGAGGCACCAAACUAGUUCUAGAAGACAAGGACUUUUUAUUUAGAGAUGGUGACAUUCUUGGAAAGUAUGUAAACUAA